AUGGUUACAAAUCUUUCGGAUUACGAUCAUCUUUCCGUGAAGACAUGGGUGGCAGUGUCGCUGGAUGAUUAUGUGAAGAUCCUUUCAGACUUCCCGGGAAAUUCUUCGAAGAAGCUCUACCUCAUCAAGAACCAAACGUUGCCCUCCAGCAGCUCAAACAAGACUUGGCAUAAGACGUCAAGCAUAUUAUUUCCUGUUGAGGCUGCCCAAGGUGCCAAAAUGGAUCCCGACUCUGACCCUAAUAACCCCAUCUGUGACGCCACAACCGACCCGUGGGCCAAGCUAUCUAUAGCCCUAGGAAAACCGCCAGAUAUCCUAGCUCACUCAAUGACCCCACGGCGGAGGAAUCUUUGA